UCAAACAUUUUGUCUACUCUAUUUUAGUUUUAUUUCACCAUAAAUUUCAAUUCUCUUGAUCUGAUAAACCCUAACUUCUCCAUUUGAUGAUGCUGCUGAGUUGUACGCUAAAUCUGCCAAACAUUUCAAACUUGCCAAAUCCUGAGACCGAGCUAGAACACUUUGGUAGAAUCGGCAUUGCUGCGAGAUAUUGCAAGGAUUUUGGUGAGUUAUAUGAACUUGAGGAGAAUGACGAGGAGGCUAUUCUAUUCUUUGAAUGGGCGUCUGAAUAUUUGGAAAAUGCAGAAGCAACAACCUCAGCCAAAUAGUGCAAACUGAAAGUUGCUCAAUUUUCUGCUCAACAAGAACGUAAAUUCAUCCAGUAGUGACGACUUUGCUGCAUUUCUUGAGACAGAGCUAGAAGCUACUUCAGCUGAAUCAUCACUAGAUGAAGAAGCUGAAGAUGACAUAUAUAAAAUGAGGAAGCAAGGGAUGAAGAACCUAAGGAUGAGGAAGCCAGAGAUGAAGAAGCCAAGGAUGAGGAGGUUGCAGAUGAUAAUGGCCUCAAUCGCAAGAGAUGUCAGCAGCUGCAUUUGCCAAAGGCCUCCUUGACCUUGGAGGAUAGUUGACGCCAAUCCUGGUAGACCUAGAGUACUACUUGAGGAGCGUUUCUUUAAGACCAGAUGUUUUGCUUGAAACUUCUUGACAUUUAAUGCUCGGUCUUGAACACAGCAGCAAGUUCUCUCAUCAUUGCCAGAUAGUUAUAACAAAUUCUUAGAUUUUGCUUCUCACACAGUUGAGGGGUGGCCUUUUCAAUUUGGCUCCAAUUUUGUUGCAGUGCUGCCAUCAGAGAAUUUCAAUUUUCAAUGCAGAACAGGAAUUAGUUAAAUUUGGGAUGCCUUCCUAUUUAUUUUUAUUGCAUUUUGAUCAAGAUGGGAGUAGUGGAUUGAGCCUUGCACUGCAGGAGGACAACACAAAAACUGAGAAGGUGACAGCUGCUGGCAUGUAUUUUCUUGGUUUCCUGGUUCACCAGUUAGAUCAAACAGCCAACUUGCCAGCUGCUGCAAAGGAUCCGGAUGCUGCCAGCUUUAAAAAACUGGAUAUCCUUCAGCCAUGUGAAAUAACUGAACUGAAGGCAGGCACACAUACAUUUGCUGUUUAUGGUGAUUAUUAUUUUUUUUUAAAAAGUGCUAGCUGCACUAUAGAAUUUCUUUGUGCUGCACCUUUUAAAGAAGAGAAGGAGAAUCUUUGAGCUGUGGAGGCUCAUUCUGACGGAAAGAUAUUUGAGUUGUGCUUAAUUGCUAGUCUGUUGAAAAUCAUUCACAUGCUCCUUCAAGAUAAAAAUCAUGAGUAAUCUGUGUCUCUUUAAUGUUCUAUUUUAGUUUUAUUAUUUUACAAACUAUAGACAAAUAUAUAGCUAAGUAAUUGUUGAUAAUGAAUUUUAAUAUUAAUUGUUGCA